AAAGUCUAUAAAGAACAAUUUUAUCCUGAAGCAGAAAAAACACUACUCUCCAAAUUCAAAAUUCAGUUUAAAGCUUCUAAAAUUAAUACAAAUUUCUUCAAACCUAAGCCUAACAAAACCAUUGUAGGAAAUACAUCAAAAUCAC